GCUGCUUAUUGCCAAGAAAGAUCACUGCAGACAGACAAAAACGAAGGAAAGGAUGAUGUCUUCUAAGUUGCCAGGCAGAUGUUCUGAUGUCCAGUGAAUCAAGUUGGUUACCAGAGGUUGUUGGGUUGUCUUUCAUAAUCUACUUUUCUUCAGAAUACUAUUCAAUCUUUUCAACACCCUCUCCCCUCGUGCCUUAUUAUUUGACUUCCUUGUCUCCCGUCAAUCAUUAAGCUAAACUAAGACCCUGAAAAUUAUAGUCUUCUUGUUCUGGAGUUCCUCGGCCUGCCCAGUGAAAUGCUUCACAAAAUUCCUGGAUUCCCCGGCAUGGCACGUUUAACCAAGUUCACGUUAACAUGUGCAAUCCUCGCCUCCCUGACUUCAUUUCUAGCAGGCUUACAAUAUGGUGAGUUGGGCAACGAAACAGGGGACCUUUUCAUGAAAAACAAUGAAAGAAAGAUUGAAACUUUCUUAACAUUUUCGAGCAUUUUCCAUUUCCUAGCACCGUUAGCCGCCGGAACUUUAUCUGACCUUAUUGGCCGUAGAUAUAGUUUAUUGUUGUCUCCGAUUUUCUUUUCCUUCGGUUCUCUGGUAACCAGCCUAGCUCCAAACUACGUCGUCUUCGUGACUGGUUACCUUUUACUUGACACCGGGAUUAGUUUCGCGCUAGCUGUAACUCACGUUUACAUCACCGAGUUAUCCCCCGAUUGGACUCGCUGGUUUUUGACUACUUUCCCUGAAGUGUUUUGGAGUAUCGGGUAUUUAGUGGACAACACCUUUCCUCACAUCUCUUCCAAAAAGAUUCUCAUUUCGCGACUCGGACUCGGAACGAUCCCGUCGAUUUUGUUAGCUUUCGCUAUGCUAUUCACUUUGCCUGAAUCACCGGGUUGGCUUGUAACUCGAGGUAAACUCAGUGAGGCAACACGAGUUCUUACCAAAACCUCAGUUAGCGAAGAGGAGGCGAAGUUAAGACUCGGCGAGAUUAAAUUGGCCGCCGAGUCAAAACAGAGUGGUUAGACAGGAUCCUGGAAGAAGCUUCUCCUCCAUCCAUCACCGUCGAUUCGAAGAGCUU